CCGGGCUCCGCACCUCCCUCACUUCUGACAACUAUUUAGCAACGGAGCCCAGCUAAAGUUUCCAAAAAAGUUAGAAUAACUUCCUCUCUCAAAGACCUCAAUUUUGCACAACCCGUCCUUGAAAUAAGAGACUUUCGAGAAACUUGGAAAACGUCGGAAAGAAUGGAGGAAGGUUCCAGCUCUCCGGUGUCUCCCGUGGACAGCUUAGGCACCAGCGAAGAGGAGCUCGAGAGGCAACCCAAGAGGUUUGGCAGGAAGAGGAGGUACAGCAAGAAAUCCAGUGAAGAUGGCAGCCCCACCCCGGGCAAGCGGGGGAAGAAGGGCAGCCCCAGCGCGCAGUCCUAUGAGGAGCUGCAGAGCCAGCGGAUCUUGGCCAACGUCCGGGAGAGGCAGAGGACGCAGUCCCUGAACGAAGCCUUCGCCGCCCUGCGCAAGAUCAUCCCCACGCUGCCCUCGGACAAACUCAGCAAAAUCCAGACCCUGAAGCUGGCCGCUCGCUACAUAGACUUCCUCUACCAGGUGCUGCAGAGCGACGAGAUGGACAAUAAGAUGAGCAGCUGCAGCUACGUGGCCCACGAGAGGCUCAGUUACGCCUUCUCCGUGUGGAGGAUGGAAGGCGCGUGGUCCAUGUCGGCAUCCCACUAGCUCGGCGCCCGACACUCCCGAGAAGCCCGGCUGCUCAAGGGAUUGCCCAGUGUGUCUGAGGGUGAAGUGGAAUUGGGACAUCUCCAAGUUCAUAACUUCUGAAACCUUAACAACCUCAAGGAAUCUGGUCCAUAAGACCUUGCUUGACCUCGCAGCUCUGAGCUCCUGCAGAGCAUUGAGACUAAGUGGAAAAACAGCCCCGAAGCUAAGCAGUCUUCGAAAGCUCUUCAACAUCUCUCCUGAGGGACAUUCCCCCAAUGUUGACCUGUGUGUCCUGGUCGUUUUUGCUGUUCCUAUUGUUUGUCGUGGAUGUGUGUUAAUGUUUUGUUCAUUCUGGGUUUGGGUUGUUUCGUUUUGUUCUCUGAAAAUCAUGAGAUUCAGGAACACAUAUAAGAGAAAUCUUGGUUUUGGAAUUGUUUUUCCUUUUACUGUGUUCUUUUUUUAAUGUAUAUUUUUUUAAUGAAAGAAAGAUGAAUUCUUGUACAGUUCUGUUUAAACUGGACCAAGGCUCUCAGAAGAAGUGGUUACCCCCACCUCUGACCCUUCCUUCUCCCAUGAUUCUUGCAUGAUGAUUUCAAGUAAGCCUGGAAUACAGACUCUCAGAUGCUCCUCCCCUUUCUCAACUCUCCCCAACUUGCUCAGCUCGCCAGUUCUUUUUUUUUUUUUUUUUUUUUUAGUAUUUUCUAUUUCAAUGUAUAUGUUGCUUAUUUGUUUAUUUAUUGAGAUAUUUUUAACAAGCUAAGAGACUGCAAUUUCGCUGUGUAUACUGCUUCUCUUGCCAAUAACAAAUAAAGAAGCCAUGCAGUUGCUCAUC